CGACAUGGCUCCCAACAAACCAGCCAACACAAUGCAGAACUCCUGCAUCAUCUGCCACAAGAAGAAGGUCAAAUGCGACCUCCACAAGAAAAGGCCGUGCUCCAAUUGCGCCAAAGCCGGCUCUGAAUGCCUGCCAUAUACGCGAAAACGAAAAGAAUAUACAAAUGAUCUUUCAGCUCCGACAAAAGUAAGCAAAGACAAGGUCGACAAACAUAAAGGCAAGGACAGGGAGAAAAAGCGUGUUGAACCGAGCGCUGCCCUGCUCAAGGACCUCGAAGCCAUCCAGAAAGCCGACUCUGCCCCGACAUACCGCGGGCGCGACAGAUAUCUCGGCCGUCAUGCCUCCUUCGACGAGGCCAUGGUCGUUCCAAGUCUCACUAAAGAGCACCCGCUUGUGUCCAGCGCCGACCUGGAGUUGCUGAUGGAGCAGGGUGCAUUCACGCUGCCGUCCAACCCGGUCCAGCAUGAAUUGAUUACGACUUUUAUGGAAUUCGGACAGGUCUGGACGCCGAUAAUUGAUCCGACCUGGUUGACCGGCACGACGCCCUCGUUUCUCCUGUUACAGUCGAUCUUUGUUGCCGCGAGCAGGAUGACCACCCAGCCGAAUGAGUACGGGCUGAGUUCCGACUUUUACCGCCGAGCAAAGCUCCUGUUCUUCUUUGGAGUCGAGCGAGAUCCCUUGAUUUCCGUUACGAGUGCUAUCCUGCUGCACUGGUAUAACCCGGUCGGACCAGAGACGGUUUCCACUGAUACCGGUGGUUUCUGGCUGCGCGCUGCUGAAUCGAUCGCGUUCCAGAUUGGACUGCACAAGGAGCCUUCGGUGAAGGAUCGCCAGAGAGGUCUAAGGAGGCGACUAUGGUGGACGCUUGUGCUACGCGACUGCAUCAUCUCCGCAGGCACCGGGCGCCCCCGAACAAUCAACCUCAGCGACAGCGACGUAUCGCCUCUUUCUAUCGACGACUUCGACGAACCAGACGCCCACGCCCGCCUCUUCCCUGUCUACGUCUCCAUCUGCCAGUGCCUAGGCGAUAUCGUCGAGCGCUGUCUCCGCCGCGAUCUCACCCCCGCCAACCAACAAAGCCUCGAAAACUCGCUCUUCCGUUGGUUCAAGCAGGACUUCCCCGCCGUCGUCGGCCCAUUCCCAGGGUACACGAUGGAAGAGCGUCAAGUUCUCGUUACGUACCUCGCCAACCUCAUCAUCCUAGACCGCUCACCCCCUGCCGACGGUGCGCUCUCCGCCCGCUCCCUGCUCGCUGCGUCGUUUAUCGCGGGGCUGUUCAAGGAAUUCCUCGAGCGCGAUGAACUAUGCCGCCUCGGCGCCGCAUCUACAUUCUACGUCCUCAGCGCGGGGCUAAUGCUCAUCCCUGCUGCGCGGAUAGACGGCCUCAAGGAACUAGUCGACGAAGACACAAUCAUCCUGAAAGCAGCCUUGCAUAUCCUCUCGAAACAGUGGGGGUCUGCGUCUGGGGCUCUGCGCACGCUCCAGAAGCUGGGCAAAGAUAGUCCGCGCAGGCGCGCCAGGAUCCACGAUACAGCACGCCUGGACGAGGACGUCCUCCCGUUCUUGGCUGGGUUGGAUACGAAGUGGUGUCGCAUUUGGGGACCCGUUGUGGAGAAUGAGGCUGGUGCGUCUGUGUCGUCGCUGCAGGGGUCGCAGGGGAGUCUACUGGAGCCUUAUGCGAAUGCGCAGGCGCAGGCGUGGGAUAUGCCGCCGCUGCCGGUGGAGUAUCCGGAUACGAUGGUGGGGGAUUGGGAAGGGGUUGGGUUUGAUUUAGGGGGGUCCUGGCUUUUGGAUGGGAAUCUGUUUUCAUCUAUGUAGUUCUAUCGAAAUUUAAAGCUUUGCGUGCCGUUCCUCUAGGGUGUAGAACUGCAGGAAUGAGGGGAGACAGUCUGGGUUCGUGACUGUGUUGCUGACUUUGGGCGGCAGCUGUCCUUUGCAGAUGAUGCCCUUGACGAGAGUCUCGAUCUUCUUGCCGUUGACUGUCAUUGGGAUCUCUGGCACUUCUAUCACGAACCGUGGGACGUGUCUGUGGCUGAGACCGCUGCGGAUUGCGUCCUUGACUUUUCGGACCAGUUCAUCAGUCAGUUUAUGCGGCUGAUGCAUGACCACAAAGAGGAAUACGCUCUCAUCAUUGUCAGCCGGACGACGACGCCCGAUACAAAGUGUUGUCGCGAUGACUUUGUUGAAGGGCUCGGCCUCGACGACAGAGUAAAUAUCUGACGAACCGAAGCGGAUACCGUGGGGGUUCAGAACACCAUCAC